AUGUCUUUUGUCAUUUUUUGUUCUUUUCUCUCUUCUUUCUUUCUAUCUUUCUUUAAAUCCAAUUUCUUUUCUUCUGUAUCUCUUCUUUCUUUCUUUCUUUCUUUCUUUCUUUCUUUCUUUCUUUCUUUCUUUCUUUCUUUCUUUCUUUCUUUCUUUCUUUUCUUUCUUUCUUUCUUUCUUUCCAGCAAUUUCUAUUCUUCUGUAUCUCUUCUUUCUUUCUUUCUUUCUUUCUUUCUUUCUUUCUUUUCUUCUGUAUCUCUUCUUUCUUUCCAGCAAUUUCUUUUCUUCUGUAUCUCUUCUUUCUUUCUUUCUUUCUUUUUUCUUUCUUUCUUUCUUUCUUUCUUUCAAUUUCUUUUCUUCUUUUUCUCUUCUUUCUUUCUUUCUUUCUUUCUUUCUUUUCUUUUUCUUCUUCUUUCUUUCUUUCUUUCUUUUCUUUCUUUCUUUCUUUCUUUCUUUCUUUCUUUCUUUCUUUCUUUCUUUCUUUCCAGCAAUUUCUUUUCUUCUGUAUCUCUUCUUUCUUUCUUUCUUUCUUUCUUUCUUUCUUUCUUUUCUUCUGUAUCUCUUCUUUCUUUCUUUCUUUCUUUCUUUCUUUCUUUUCUUUCUUUCUUUCUUUCUUUCUUUCCAGCAAUUUCUUUUCUUCUGUAUCUCUUCUUUCUUUCUUUCUUUCUUUCUUUCUUUUCUUCUGUAUCUCUUCUUUCUUUCUUUCUUUCUUUCUUUCUUUCUUUCUUUCUUUCUUUCUUUCUUUUUUUCAAUUUCUUUUCUUUCUUUCUCUUCUUUCUUUCUUUUCUUUUCUUCUUUCUUUCUUCUUAUCUUUCUUUCUUUCUUUCUUUUCUUUCUUUCUUUCUUUCUUUCUUUCUUUCUUUCUUUCAGCAAUUUCUUUUCUUUUGUAUCUCUUCUUUCUUUCUUUCUUUCCAGCAAUUUCUUUUCUUCUGUAUCUCUUCUUUCUUUCUUUCUUUCUUUCUUUCUUUCUUUCUUUCUGUAUCUCUUCUUUUUUUCUUUCUUUCUUUCUUUCUUUCUUUCUAUCUUUCUUUCCAGCAAUUUCUUUUCCUCUGUAUCUCUUCUUUCUUUCUUUCUUUCUUUCUUUCUUUCCAGCAAUUUCUUUUCCUCUGUAUCUCUUCUUUCUUUCUUUCUUGCUUUCUUUCUUUCUUUCUUUCUUUUUUUCUGUAUCUCUUCUUUCUUUCUUUCUUUCUUUCCAGCAAUUUCUUUUCUUCUGUAUCUCUUCUUUCUUUCUUUCUUUCUUUCUUUCCAGCAAUUUCUUUUCUUCUGUAUCUCUUCUUUCUUUCUUUCUUUCUUUCUUUCUUUCUUUCUUUCUUUCUUUCUUUCCAGCAAUUUCUUUUCUUCUGUAUCUCUUCUUUCUUUCUUUCUUUCUUUCUUUCUUACAUGCUUUGCACAAAUCAACGCCGACUUCGGUUCUCAGAGGGAGAAGAUCCAACGGGCACAAAUCGUCAAGAGCCAUUGCCGGAUUUAGUUCCUAUCCCCAGAAACAGAGCCCAGUCUUUACCAGAAAUGCCGAUUUCAGGAACACACAUUCAGGCAUUCGAAGGUUGCGUUGAUAAGUUGGUACAUGAUCCAAUUCCAGAAAUCUUAAUAAAAUCACCAUUUUUAUCUAUCUAUCUAUCUAUCUAUCUAUCUAUCUAUCUAUCCUCGUAUAUUUUCUCUCUCUCUCUCUCUCUCUCUCUCUCUCUCUAUCUCUCUCUCUCUAUUUACCUAUAUUAA